AUGGUGUCCCAGACCCUCGUGGAGACACCGCGCCAUCCUGGGCGUACCGGACGUGGCUCGGAGAGCGAUAGCUCGAUUGAUGAAAUCGCAGAUCAGAAGCAGAAGCUCUUCGUCGCUGCGCUGGGAAAGCAUGGCAAGGACCUCGACAAUUCCGCAUCUCCUAAGCGAUGGAAGACUUUUUGGACUGCAUUCCGAUACCUGUCCAACUUAACUCCGAAAGAGGUGGAUGAUUUCAUGGCGUCAUAUGUCAUUUACAAUCUUGAUUGGUCCAACGAACAACAGAUGACUGAGGUUCUGGGCCCCAAUUACCAGGAGAAAGUUGGCGAUUGCUUGAAGUCAUACUACGGAGUGCUGAAUCACCUUUGCGCUCUGGGUGAUGUGGAGAAAAUGUACAUCCCACCCUGGAUGAGCAAGAAGAGCUCUGUUCUGGAGAACCAGAUCCUCUAUGAGCGCUCAAUCGCUCAGAAUAUUGGUCUGUCAGCUGGUGAUAAGGUCCUCGAUCUUGGCUGUGGUCGUGGUCGCGUCGCUGCGCAUAUGGCACAGUACUCCGGCGCAAAUGUCACCGGCCUUAACAUCGACCCGAACCAGAUUGCGCAAGCGCAAAGCUUCAACGACGAGCGCGGCUUGCAUAAUACAUUCGUGACGCAAGAUUUCAAUACUCUUCCACUGCCAUUCGAAGACGAGAGCUUCGACGCUUUCUACCAGAUCCAAGCCUUGAGUCUGUGUAAGGACUUGCCAGCUCUGUUCACUGAGGUCUUCCGUGUCGUCAAGCCCGGCGCAAAGAUCUCACUGUUGGACUGGGCUAGCCUUCCAGCCUACGAACCCGAGAACCCCGAGCACGCCGAACUCAUGCGCCGUGUUAAGCCUUUGAUUGGGGCUGUUGGUACCCCGACUCCAGAGAGUCUAGAGAAGGCACUUACCGAUUCUGGGUUUGAGAUCGUGCGCUCUGAGAAUGCUAGUAUCGAUGGGUUGCAGGCUCCAUUGAUUGAUACUGUGGACAUCUACUUCCGGACUUUGCGACAGGUUAUCCUUGCUUUGGUGAAACUGCAUGUCCUGCCACGUCAUUUCAAGACUUUGAUCAAUCGGUUGUGUUUGGAUGGUCAAGCUUUCGUCAAGAUGGAUAAUAUGCGGCUUGCUACAACAAGCUAUAGCAUUAUUGCACAGAAACCUAAAAUAUAA